AUGUAAUAAUUGUAUUCGUGUUACAGGAGGCAUCGCAUUUACUUAAAGGGCAAAACCUCUUCCGCCGCUUGGAUCUCUCUCCUCUCUCUCUAUCUCUUUUCUUAUCUUCUUAUACCCUUCGACGAAGGAAGAACCCUAGAAAUCGAAUAUCAAGAUGAAUAGGGAAAAGUUGAUGAAGAUGGCUAACACUGUCCGCACGGGCGGAAAGGGGACAGUAAGAAGAAAGAAGAAGGCUGUUCACAAGACUACCACAACCGAUGACAAGAGGCUCCAGAGCACUCUUAAGAGAGUUGGAGUGAAUUCAAUCCCCGCCAUUGAAGAAGUUAACAUCUUUAAGGAUGAUGUCGUGAUUCAGUUCAUUAACCCCAAGGUUCAAGCUUCGAUUGCUGCUAACACAUGGGUUGUGAGCGGUACUCCACAGACGAAAAAAUUGCAAGACAUACUUCCUCAGAUUAUCAGCCAACUUGGACCAGAUAACUUGGACAACCUGAAGAAGCUAGCAGAGCAAUUCCAGAAACAGACUCCAGGUGCAGGUGAUGUCCCAGCAACUAUCCAAGAGGAGGAUGAUGAUGAGGAUGUCCCAGAUCUCGUAGUAGGAGAGACUUUCGAGACUCCUGUCGCUGAAGAGGCUGCUCAGCCCAAAGCUGCUGCUGCUUAGAAAAACCAAAAAAAAAAAGAAGUAAGAGGUCAUCGCAUAAAUGUUUGUCGCUCGACCUUUUUUGAGCACUGUCAGAUUCUUGUUUUCACUUCUAAUGCUUGCGAACAGAAAGACUUGUUUUUUAAUUAUCACUUGAUGCUUUUUGGUCCGAACAGCAGUUUUCCUUUUUAUCAAGGUUAGAUCGCUUUUUGUUUUA